CCUCCUAUCCUAGGCGGCGGCGGCGGCAAUGCCACGCUUCCGACCCCGCUCCCCUUCUUUCCACGACCCCGGCACCUCACCCGCCUAUCAGCUGCUCAACGAAUUCAAGGAUCGCCUGGCCUCGAAGACGCUCAGUCCGGAGCUUGCUCACCAACUGUUCGGCAAAUUGCUUCGUCAACCCGUCAAGGUACCAGAACGCGCGCUCAACAGCUUUUUCGCCGCCCUCGCGCGUGCCCCGCCCUCCAUCGCCUGCCCCGAUGGCCCUGCCCUCGCCAUCGCCCUCUUCCAACAAAUGGCCCGAGCAGGCCGACGUCCGGUGACGGCACCCACCAUUUACACAUACAACAUACUGGUUGAUUGCUGCCACCGUGCGCGCCGCCCGAACCUAGGGCCUGCCUUCUUCGGGCACCUCCUCAAGACAGGUAUCAGGGAGGACGUCAUCACUUUCAACAAUUUAUUGAAGUGCCUCGGUGACAUGAAGAGGACGGAGGAGGCUCUGGACGUGCUGCUACACAGGAAGCCCGGCGAUCUGCCUGAUGUCAUUUCCUACUCAAUAAUUCUCAAGAGCUUCUGUGAUGAUGGGAAGAGCCAACGUGCGCUUGACGUGCUCCGGAUGAUGAGAAAAAAAGGAUGUGACCACUCUCCCAACGUGGUUUCAUACAACACGGUAAUUGGUGGCUUCUUGAAGGAGGGUGAAAUAAGCAAAGCUUUGGAUCUAUUCCAUGAAAUGAAACAGCAGGGGGUUGUGCCUGAUGUGGUGACAUAUAAUUCCAUUAUUGAUGGGCAGUGCAAAGCAAGGGCGAUGGACAAGGCAGAGGCGGUCCUUCGGCAAAUGGUCGAUAAUGGUGUUCGGCCGAAUACCGUGACAUAUAACAGCCUGAUCCAUGAAUAUUCCACUUCGGGCCAGUUGGAAGAAGUCGCUAGGUUGUUGGAAGAAAUGAAAACUCAAGGUAUCAUGUGGGACGUUUUUACUUGCAGCUCAUUCAUGGACUAUCUUUGCAAGACCGGAAGAAUCAAAGAAGCUGCAGAAUUAUUUUAUUCCAUGGCUGAUAAGGGCCAUAAACCUGAUGUUGUCUCAUACGCUAUUAUGCUUAAUGGGUAUGCUAUGGAAGGAUCCCUUGUUGAUAUGAAUGAUCUCCGUGACCAGAUGGUACGAGAGGGAGUUGUACCCGGUCUCAUUGUUUACACCAUACUGAUUGGUGCAUAUGCUCAGUGCGGAAAGAUGGACGCAGCAAUGCUUGUCUUCGAAGAUAUGUUGAAGCAUGGUGUGAACCCUGAUCAGGUCACAUAUUUAAUUGUGAUAGCUGCAUUUUGCAGAAUGGGCAGGAUGGAUGAUGCCAUGGAAAAAUUCAGUGAGAUGAUUAAUAUGGGAGUACCACAUGACACUAAUGUUUAUGAGUGCAUGAUCAAAGGUUACUUUAGACAAGGUGAUUUGGUGCAAGCCAACAAAUUAUUUACCGAAAUGAAGAACAAGGGUAUUCGUCGUAGGCCACAGAAGGGUAGUGGAAGAACACACUAUGUUUGA